AUGUCACCUCCCUCUGAAAUUCAUCAAUCCUCAUCCAUCGAAUUACAAGAAGCAAAUCACACCUCUGCCAUCCAUUCACCACAACAAUCACUACCCUCACAACCAUCAUCACCACAACCACAACAACAACCAUCUUCCACUUCUCCUCCUCGACAACAUGAUCAUUCCAUUCCAUCGGCGAAAAACAUCUCCGUUUUCUCCUCUCCGCUCCGAAUUCGGACUUGCUUUGGUGUGGUGGAAUUGUCAUGGAUGCGCCUUCUUUCCUUACUCUCUCUCGUGGUGAAUGUGGUGGCAUUUAUCAUCUUGUUGGCACUUAUUAUUUGGAGUUACGCUGCAUUUCAAGAUUUGGAUACUUCCACCAUUGAAUAUACUGUGAUGGCAAGAUUGUAUCGAGAACGAUUGUCCUAUAGUUCGAAAACAGCUGCUCUCUAUUCGGCAUGCUUGGCCUCGUUGAAUGUUUCGGUCGUGACACCUCCGACAUCGGGAACCACAUCGGGAUCCGGAACCGGAACCGGAACCGGGCCUUGCCGAAAGAGAUGUAGGGGUAGAUCAACCGCAGAACAACUCGGAAUCCAAGCCACGAAUACUUCUCAACUUUCGACAACACAGGCGGCCAAUUACGACUUGUACGUCUCUCAAGAGGCCUACACCUUUUACAACACCACUCUCCUCUACAAUCAAACCAUUUCGAAAUUACUUUCGGACUUGAGUGAUCACGAAAUUCAAGCGCUUAAUUUAACUCGACUCGAUUCGAUCGAUUCCUCCAUUCAGUUCGAAGCUCAAGCGGUCAAUCUUGCACUCAAACACAACGGAACGCAAGCCCUCAAAGUUCUAUUUUCAGAUCCGACCUAUCAGACCAAACAAGCUCAAUUUUUACAACAAGUGUUGGACCCAGUUGCGUUUUAUGUGAGUGACAAACAAAAUUCGAUUGCAUUUGUGUUAAAAGUUCAGACCGUGGUGAGUUUGGUGGUGAUUUUGGCAGCUGUGAGUAUUGUGAUUCCAGUGGUGAUUGCAACGUUGGUGUGUGCUUUGAAUCGAGAUGCCAUUCAACUUGAGAGAUUGAGAAAGGCGAAUGCGUUGAUGGCUAUUGAUACCAUGAGGGAUCCUCAAUUGAGAAAGUAUUUAAUGUCCUACGAAAAGAAAAAGUUCGAAUUGGCAAAGGAAAUAUACAAUGAAUUUUUGGACAUGAACGGAAGCAUGACUGUCAACCUGUCAAAGAAAAAGACUGACGUUAUUAAGCAUAAAAUUGAGGAAUGUGCAAACAGCGCCUUUCCCUUGUUGGAGGAUGAUCUAUUUGAUAGUAUCGAACGUGAAAUUGCUCAAUUAAUGUUGGACACUCAUCGAAGAUUUAAGGAAAGUCUUGCAUUCAAAAAGCAAAUGAAAAUUGAUAAUAUCAAUACACGAAUCAAGAAUGCUGCCUCACAGACAAAAUAA